UUUUUAAAAACAUGCAUUGUAGUGUAGAAAAAUAACACCCUAACAAAGAUCGUCUUCAUAUCACAGACUUUUGUCCUGGGUGGGAAUCGAACUAAAGAGUCUGAAUACAUUAAUGGUUUCACAGGCCUAGUAGGUAGUUAUUAUAGACCCGUGUGUUUGAAAUGAAUUCAAUUGAAUAUCUCUGUGUGGUCAUUUCGAAAGGAGGAACCAGUUCAAAAUUGUUGAUCCCGCCACGCAUUCCUUAGACAGGGUCUUGGCAGACGGAAAACCAAGUGAUCCUAUAAGUGUUCAGUUUAUACCUUUUCGAGGAACCCUAAUAAAUAGUAAGGCGUUAAGGAAUGCUCAAGGCAGUCAAUCGUUACUUCUGCAGGUUAUUGUUUCGCGGUUGUAGGUAGAAACAUAUCUGCCAGCUUUUAGGGACUGCCUUUCUUCGUAUGUCGAGGCGAAUGACAUUCGAUAGGAACGGCUAUAACUUAAGACUAGGUAUUAUUUUCUAAAUGAAGUAACGAGCCCUGUCCAACGUAACUGAAGUUUGAAAUGUGCUAAGUAUAUAGGUGCCUACAAUUUAGACUCUAUUUUUUGUUUCAGAAUGUUUCUUGCUCCUGUAAUCACGUUUCUCCUUGUGGGAGGAUGUUUAUCAGCUCCAGCCGAUGAUCCUAUUCGCAUAGACUUACCAGUUUACGAUCAGCCUCAGGCUGGUACAGACGUGCUCGUCUCCCAGCCGUUGGAAGCCGAAAACUACCCCGGUGGUGAGCCCCUAAGCAAUAAGGCUCAAGGGUCUGGAGGCAAUUUUGUUACAUACAAAGUUCAAGCGGCAUCAAACUUACUCGGAAGUGCUUUGAAUGCUAAGGCAAGUGCCCAUCAAGGCGGUUUAUUCUCACCACCCGUGUCUACCUUAGAAUCUGCGCUUGAAGAAUCAGAAGGAUAUGGCAGCCAAGCAUUGUCUUUCAAAGAGAACAUUCAAAAUAUGGUAGCAGGAAUAUUUCAGCCCAAACCAAUAGUGGACACGAUUACUGAAGAAGAGAAGUACGGCAAUACUGGUGAUAAAUUUGCCGGCGCCGGGAAAGCCUUAGUAGGGGGUGCCCAGAGUUUGUCCAAUUUUGUCAACUCCAUUCUGGAGGUAAGUUUCUAAAGUGUAUUUAUCUCAAUUCGCGGAUUUGUUAUACCUUAUAAU